AUGCCCCUGCUGAUUAUUUGUAAUCUUUCUCUUUAUAGGUUUGCUGAGAGUGUGAUACCUUAUCUUGUGGAUUAUGGUUUUGAUGGCCUUGACCUUGAUUGGGAAUUUCCUGCUUGGGGAAGAUUUCGGUCAAAACCGGAGCAAAAACAUAAUUUUACUUUGACAUUACAGGCCUUAAGGGAAACAUUUGAUAACUAUACAGAGAAGAGAGUUCUACCCAAAUAUCUGUUAACUACUGCAGUAGCAUCAACUAUUCCUUUGAUUCUGGGUUGUUAUGAAAUACCAGAGAUGUCUAAAUAUGUUGAUUUUAUCAAUCUAAUGACCUAUGAUAUUCAUGGAUUUGGUAAAACAACGCCAUUUACUGGACAUAACAGUCCAAUGUAUUCUGGCCAAAGUUUAUUAGAUAAAACUAUCUUCUAUUAUUAUAAUAUGGUAAAUAUUGACUUCAUCUAUGAAUUAUGGGUGGAACAUGGAAUGAAGAAGAGUCAGAUAAGAGUUGGAAUACCAACAUACGCUCAUACAUUUCAUCUACUCUCAGAAAAAUCACAUGGUCUUUACAGUUUAGCUACUGGAUACAAUACAACAUUGGGGGAUGAAAUUAGCAGAGCUUUGAUAUGUAAAUUAUUGAACGAUACAUCAUUUAAACAAGUAUGGGAUAAGGAUUGUGCUGUACCCUACGCCUACUCUGGUACUACAUGGAUAUCUUAUGAAAAUAAACAAAGUGUUUAUAUGAAGGUUAAAUGGAUAUUAGAGAAUAAGUAUGGUGGUAUAAUGACGUAUAGUUUAAACGUUGAUGACUAUGUUGGACAACAGUGUGGUGAGAAAUGGCCAAUGCAUAGAAAUAUCUUUAAUGCUGCUAAGAAGUAUUCACCUAUACAAUAA